GCUUGCUGCUUCUACUAUCUCUUCGCCGCGACAGCCUCCGCAUUGGUCGGACCCGUCGAACGAAUCGCCCCGCCGCCUGGGCUUUUAAGAUGUACCUUGCGGGUUGACCUGAAGGACAACGACGUUAUGAGCUCGUCGCUCGGCGGAGAUCUCGGCGGCCAUGGCGAUCUCAACAUUUACGUAUACAACUGCACCAAUAUCGGAGUGUAA